AUGCAGUGGCCAUAUCUCUUCGUUCUGGUUCUUACCAGUCCGAGUAUCGCAUUGAUUCGAUUUCAGUGCUCCCAACUCGUCACACAAAGACUCGAUCCUCUGGUCAGCCCGGGACAAAUUCCAUCCCCACAUGUCCAUCAAAUCGUCGGAGGCAACUCAUUCAACGCAACGAUGGAUUAUGCAAAGGAUAUGCCUGGCGAAUCCUCAUGCACCACAUGCCAAAUGAGUGAAGACUUCUCCAACUAUUGGACGGCUAUUUUGUACUUCAAAGCGAGAAAUGGGACGUAUAAGCGCGUCCAUCAACUUGCCAAUGCUGGGUUCGAAGGUGCUGCUGGUGGAGGCAUGACUGUGUAUUAUAUGCAGGACCCGCUCUACGAUACGGCUCAGAAAUCAAAGGUUCAGGCUUUCCAACCUGGCUUCCGCAUGUUCAUCGGCGACGUCCAAGCCCAUAGUCUCGCCGACGCAGCACGUUUUCGCCAACUCACAUACACCUGCCUCGACACGAUGGCGUCCCGGGAACACGAAUCCCUCGCCUUCCCCAACCGUAUCUGCGCAGCUGGCAUCAUGGCAUCCCUCCGCUUCCCAACCUGCUGGGACGGAAAAAACCUCGAUAGUCCAGACCACAUGUCACACAUGUCCUACCCCGAGACAGGAACUUUUGAGAGUGCCGGACCCUGUCCUGCGAGCCAUCCUGUGAGGACUUCGCAGGUGAUGUUUGAGGUUAUUUGGGAUACGAAACCGUUCAAUGAUAAGUCUAUUUGGCCUGAGGAUGGCAGUCAGCCGUUUGUGUGGUCAUUCGGUGACAGGACAGGGUAUGCAAAUCACGCCGAUUACGUGUUUGGUUGGAAAGACGAUUCGUUGCAGAAGAUUCUUGACACCCCUUGUUAUGUCAACUGCAAUACUGCGAAGACUCAAUCGAUUGCCGACUUGAACAGAUGCUCCCAGAAUGUGGUAGUGGAGGAGGAUAUUGAUGGAUGGUUGACCGAGCUUCCUGGCGGCCACAAAGUAAUGUAG